AUGAUCAAGCAAGGAGUCCUUCUGCAGUUCGUGGAAUGGACAGCGUCCCUGUACCACUCGCCAUCGAGCAAGGUUACAAUCAACAAAACCAUGGGACAGCCCUUCAAACUUGAAAGAUCGGUCCACCAAGGCUGCCCCCUCGCACUAUACCUAUUCCUGUUCGUUGCGGAUGCUCUGGCCUACUACCUCGCCCGACCAGAGGGCCCGAAAGGUAUGCCCCUUCCAGGCUGUGGCUCCGCUCUCCGGGACAUGAACGAAGCCUCAAAGGAGGACCUCCUAUCAUCAGCCUUUGCAGAUGACACAAGCCUGAUCAUGGAGGGAUCACCUGAGAACCUCUCAAACGUCGAAAAGGACCUGGACUUCUUCAAUGAGGCCAUGGGAUAA